GUUCAUCCGCUUUCGGUCGGUCUGGCUUCAACGCUCUCUCUUCCUUGCACCAUGGUUUACACCCGCUUCGUCCAGGUCGGCCGAGUCGCCCUUGCCACCGACGGCCCCGCUAAGGGCAAGCUCGUUGUCAUUGUUGACAUUAUCGACCAGACCCGUGCCCUCGUCGACAACCCUGCUCAGGGCGUUGACCGCCAGUCGCUCUCUUUCAGCGCCAUGCAGCUGACUGACUUCACUGUUGGCAUCCCCCACGGUGUUGGCUCUGCUCCCCUCCGUCGCGCCUACGCCAAGGCCGAGGUCGAGACCAAGUGGAACCAGACCAACUGGGCCAAGACCAUCGCCCGCCGUGCCACCCGUGCCUCCCUCACUGACUUUGACCGAUUCAAGGUCAUGGUCGGCCGCAAGGAGCGCUCCAAGAUUGUCAGCACUGCUUUCAACAAGCUCCGCCGACCCGUCAGCGCUGCCAACAAGGCAAAGAAGGCUGGCUCCAAGAAGGCUGCCCCCAAGAAGUAAAAAGCGCAGGGGCGACCUAUUUUUUUCUCUGCCGCCGUCUGAUGGCCCUUGUCGGUCGGGGGUUUCCCGCCCAUGUUAUUGCUUUGCACCUUGAGUUUCUUUGUUUCGAUUGCAAAAGGAGAAUUUGAGGUAUUAUGCUUUUUGUA